CAAUGAGCUGAGAGGAUACUGUAGUGCCAGUUUGACCUUUAUUGGAGUUUUUAAACCACUGCUCGCUGUGGUGGCGAUUCCUCUCCUUUAUGUCUAUCUGUCCUAACUACAGUUAAGGUUUUUAUUUAUUUUGUAUAUUCAAGUGGGAACAAACAGCUGGUGGAAAUGGGAGGUAGCACGUCAAAGAAAGUGUCAUUCGGGCUGGACGAAAACGAGAAGGUCACAGUUAUUGAAGGAGUGAAGCUUUCAGACGAUGUGCUCCAGCGGAUGAGGGAUGCUGAGGGGUCUGAAAGCACCAAGCCACCCCCCUCUCCACCAGAACCCGGUCAGAAACAACCACCAAGUCCAAAACCAACAGGACCCUCCCAUACCGAAAUACAUGAAGAAAUACGCAAAAACUUUGAGCGGCAGCAGGCCCAGGUGCAGGAGCAGCUGGCCUCCCUCGCCCAGAGGGAGAGAGAGAGAGAAGCAGCAGCCCCCACAGAGCUGGACCACCUGACCCCCGCCCUCCUCAUCGAGAAAGGAAAGACCCAUGAAGAGCAAGGAAAGGCCAAGACACUGCCAGCAGAUUUGGAUGCCUGGGCCAACCAGCUGGAGAACAAAGAGAAGGAACUGGCCAGCAUAUCCAGCUUCUAUAAACAGCAACUAGAAAUACUGGACAAAAAGAACCUAGAGAACUACAAGCAGACGGCUGAACAGUACAACGAGGCAGCGAGCAAAGCUGAGGCCGACAUCAGACCCCGGCAGAUUGGCUCCGUGUGCAGCGGGCUACAGUCCCAGGUGCUGCAAUGCUACAGCGACCAUCCACAGCAAACCCUGCUCUGCUCCAGCCUGGCCCGACAGUACAUGAGCUGCGUCCAGCAGGCCAAGAAGAGCUCACUGACCAAUCACGGCUGAGAAACCCAAAGAAAGCAGGAGAUGAAGAAGUAGAAGAAGAAGGAGAGAGCAUAUCAAGUCUGUCCAUUUCUGUCCUUCCUCUGUCCAUCCAUCCAUUUAUUUAUCUAUCCACCAUCACUGAAUAACCUCCGCCUCUUUCCCACUCACUGUCCUUCUUGGUUUUUGAGUGUAUUAUCUUGACAUGUCACUCCAGAGUGUAUGAUGUGCUGAUUUAUUGUCAUGUUGCACCGGCACGUCCCUGCUGUCGCUGAAAUAAAUCCAAGUUAUCCGGUGGUGAUGAGACUGUA